UUGACUCCAGUGCCACCGGUGUAGAGGGAACGCCGUUUAAGUCACAGCUGUUGCCUUUAGCUUCAAGGGUCUCGUAGUCGAUUUACACUCAUUCGACGACUUGCCCAUUUAAAUAUCUGCUGAAUUACUCCUGUCGCGGCACUAACCAAAAUGGGCGAUCGGGAGGAUCUAGUGUACCAGGCAAAACUCGCCGAACAGGCUGAGAGAUACGAUGAAAUGGUUGACUCCAUGAAGAAAGUUGCGGGGAUGGAUGUUGAGCUCACUGUAGAGGAGAGAAACUUGCUGUCUGUGGCCUACAAGAAUGUCAUUGGUGCAAGAAGAGCAUCAUGGAGGAUUAUCAGUAGUAUUGAGCAGAAGGAAGAAAGUAAAGGUGGAGAAGACAAACUGAAAAUGAUAAGGGAGUACAGACAGACGGUUGAAAAAGAACUGAAGUCAAUCUGUAACGACAUCCUGGAUGUAUUGGACAAGCACCUCAUUCCAGCUGCUAAUUCAGGAGAAUCCAAGGUGUUCUACUACAAAAUGAAAGGCGAUUACCACAGGUACCUCGCUGAGUUUGCCACCGGAAAUGACAGGAAGGAGGCGGCAGAAAACAGUUUGGUUGCCUAUAAAGCUGCUAGCGAUAUAGCAAUGACAGACCUUCAGCCGACGCAUCCCAUUCGUCUGGGUCUCGCUCUUAACUUCUCUGUGUUUUACUAUGAAAUCCUCAAUUCUCCUGACCGUGCAUGCAGGUUGGCAAAGGCAGCAUUUGAUGAUGCUAUAGCUGAACUGGACACAUUAAGUGAAGAAAGCUACAAGGACUCCACACUCAUCAUGCAGUUGUUACGCGAUAACCUGACAUUAUGGACUUCAGAUAUUACAGCAGAUGAAGGGGAAACUUAUAAUAAAUAUUACAAUUAUGAGGAACUUAGCCAUCUUUUUAAGUCUUUGGCCCAGAAAAAUGCGCAUAUUGCGAAUUUAACUAGCGUCGGAAAGUCCGUAGAGGGCAGAGAGCUAUGGGUGAUGCGAAUCACAAAGGACCCGAACUCCGACGUUCCGGGGAAACCCAAAUUCAAAUACGUGGGCAACAUGCACGGAGAUGAAACCAUAUCAAGACAAGUACUGGUGUACCUUGUGGAAUACCUUCUGAGUAACUACGGCGACGAUCAUCGGGUAACAGAGCUUGUCAACAAUACGGAUAUUUAUAUUAUGCCAAGCAUGAACCCAGACGGCUUCGAAAAGUCCACUGAGGGAAGCUGUGAUGGAGCCACAGCGGGUCGUCACAACGCUAACGAUUUUGACCUUAACAGAAGUUUUCCUGAUCAGUUUGGUAAAAACGAAGUGAAAAGUGAGGAUGUUCCUGAACGGACGGCUGUAAUGAAGUGGAUCCUUGACAACAAGUUUGUCCUCUCUGGAAACUUGCACGGUGGCUCCGUGGUGGCCAGCUAUCCUUAUGACGAUUCGGCUUCCCACACCAUAGAAGGUUUCUACAGCCGCUCUCCAGACGAUGCUCUUUUCAAGUACUUGGCCCGAGUUUAUGCAGAGAACAACCCUGCGAUGAAAUCUGGGAAACCCAACUGUCCCUCGGAACCGGCUGAGACUUUCCAGGAUGGCAUUACAAAUGGUGCCAAGUGGUAUGAUGUUCCAGGAGGCAUGCAGGAUUACAACUACCUGCAAGGGAACUGCAUGGAAAUCACCAUGGAGCUGAGCUGCUGCAAGUACCCCCCUGCCUCAGAGCUAAAGAAAGAGUGGGACAACAACCGAGAGUCUCUGUUAGCCUACAUGGAGAAGGUUCACAUCGGAGUUCGAGGUUAUGUCAAAGACAGCAGGAAUGGAACAGCGCUGACCAAUGCGGCGAUAGUUGUCGCCGGCAUCGAUCAUAACAUCACCACGGGGCACUUUGGUGACUACUACCGCCUGCUGGUACCAGGGACCUAUAAUAUCUCUGCUGUGGCUGCAGGAUACAAACCCAUGACCAUGACCAACGUUGUGGUGGAGGAGGGCAAAGCCAAAGAGUUGAACUUUAUUGUCCACCCACUGAGCGAAGAGACCUCCAGCAGCCCCUUAACCCCAUCAGCCGCCGCCCCCACCUCUACCACCCCCAACAGCAGUAACAACUCCCAUGUCAUCAGCAGCACCGAUGCAGCCUUAAGCUCAGGCGACGGCUCCACCUCAGUGACCGAACCACCGCUGCCCCCUGUUCAGCCCCAAGACUUCCGUCACCACCACUACUCUGAUAUGGAGAUAUUUUUACGCAAGUACAGCUCAGAGUAUCCGUCCAUCACCCGCCUCUACACCGUCGGCAAGUCUGUAGAGGGCCGUGAACUUUACGUGAUGGAGAUAACUGACAAACCGGGUGUCCACGAGCCAGGUGAACCUGAGUUUAAGUACAUCGGCAACAUGCAUGGUAACGAGGUGGUCGGCAGAGAGCUGCUCCUGAACCUCAUCGAGUACCUGUGCCGUAACUAUGGCAGUGACCCUGAGGUCACGCAACUCGUUGACAGCACCCGAAUCCAUGUCAUGCCCUCAAUGAACCCGGACGGCUACGAAGUAGCCAAUGAGGGAGAUGAUAGCGGGACGCAGGGGAGAAACAAUAGUAACAACUAUGACCUGAAUCGUAACUUUCCUGACCAGUACACAGUCAAUACCGACCCCAGGCAGCCGGAGACCAUCGCGGUGAUGAACUGGCUGAAGAAAUAUCCGUUUGUACUGUCUGCCAACCUCCAUGGAGGAUCUCUGGUGGUAAACUAUCCUUUUGACGACAACACUGAUGGAGUUCCAGAGGACAACAAGUCUCCAGAUGAUGCUGUCUUUAAAAUGGUGUCACUUGCAUACGCCAAGGAAAACCCACUCAUGUAUGAGGGACACCCCUGUAAAGACAUGUUCCCAAAUGAGUACUUUGAUAAAGGCAUCACCAACGGGGCCAACUGGUAUAUUGUCCGAGGGAGCAUGCAGGACUGGAACUACCUCAACACAAACUGCUUUGAGGUGACCAUUGAGCUAGGCUGCAUGAAGUACCCUCUAGAGAAGGAUUUGCCUGUGUAUUGGGAACAGAACCGCAGAGCUCUGCUACAGUUCAUCCACCAGGUUCACAGAGGAGUGAAGGGAAUGGUGACUGACAGUAAGGAUGGAACCGGCAUACCUAACGCCACCAUUACAGUCACUGGGAUUGAUCACCCUGUCACAACUACCCAGGCCGGUGAUUACUGGCGUCUCCUGGUCCCUGGAACAUACCACCUGACUGCGUCUGCACAGGGUUAUAACUCUGUGGAUACCUACGCCACCGUCGGCAAGGACAGGGUGGAGGUCGUUGACUUCAAGCUAACGCGGAAGUAUCCUGGUGACGUGAGCAGGCAGUCAGCUGAUGGACCUUCCACGACGCAGGACCCCGACGAAGAGGAGUUUCAGAGCUUCAUUAAACAGCUGUCUGUAGGAUCCGGCCUGGAUCAGCUGGUCAAGAGCACGGAGACCAAGGGAAGCUUCCGCUACCACCGUUACAAGGAGCUGUCUGAGUUCCUACGAGGCCUCACCUAUAACUUCCCUGCAAUAACCUCUCUCCAGAGUCUUGGCCAAAGUGUAGAGUACAGAAACAUCUGGGCUUUGGAGAUUUCUAACAAGCCGAAGGAGAAGGAGCUGUCGGAACCCAAGAUCCGAUUCGUCGCUGGCAUCCAUGGCAACACCCCGGUGGGCACCGAGCUGCUUUUGGAGUUUGCACUCAGUCUGUGCAUCAACUAUGGGAAAAGCACAGCUAUCACCAGGCUCAUCAACGAAACCCGGAUCGUAAUCCUCCCCUUAAUCAACCCUGAUGGUCGUGAGAUGGCCGUGGAGAAGAAUUGCGUCUCUACCGAGGGGAUGGCCAAUGCAAAUAAAAAAGACCUGGAUACAGACUUUUUUGGGAACGCGUCACAGCGGUCUGCUAACCCACAGCCUGAGACCCGUGCUGUAAUGGACCUGAUUUUGGAAAAGGGCUACUCUCUGUCUGUGGCCCUGGACGGAGGCUCCCUUUUGGUCACAUACCCCUAUGACAAACCUGUGCAACCUGUUGAAAAUGAGGCUACUCUGAAGUAUUUGGCUACUGUGUAUGCCAGCAACCAUCCCAAAAUGCACUUGGGGAAUACCGGAUGUCCAAACGAUAGCCAGAUGGGGAAUAUUCCUGAUGGUGUCCUACGGGCUGCUGAGAAACACAGCCAUAUGGGCAGCAUGAAGGACUUCAGCGUUGAUUUUGGCCACUGCCCAGAAAUCACUGUGUAUACCAGUUGUUGCCUCUUCCCUCCUGUUGACGAGCUUGCCACGCUUUGGGCGGAGAACAAGAAGUCCUUACUCAGCAUGCUGGUGGAGGUGCACAAAGGGGUCCGUGGGAUCGUGAAAGACAAGAGCGGGAAACCCAUAGAGGGUGCUAUGAUUGUCCUAAAUGGGGGGGUCCGAGUGUUCACUGCUGAGGGGGGCUACUUCCGCGCCCUGUUGGCCCCUGGCUCCCACAACAUUGAGGCAGUAGCAGAGGGUUACCAACAGCAACGCCAUGAGGUGACUGUGUCGUCGUACGAGGCAGCACAUCUAAUUGUUAUCGAGUUUGACAUGGAUAACCACAUCUUCGGCCUACCCAGAGAGCUUGUGGUGGCAGGUGCAGCUGCCUCUAUGACUGCUCUGGUCGUCACGGCAUGUAUCAUCUGGUGUGUAUGCUCGGCCAAGUCCAACAGGCAGAAAGACGGUUUCCACCGCCUGCGACAGCACCGUGACGACUACGACGACGAGAUCCGCCUGAACUCCAUGGGCUCCAAAAAGUCCCUGCUAAGCCACGAGUUUCAGGACGAGAGCGAAAGUGAUGAGGACACGCUGUAUGCCAACAAACUCUGAGAUGCACUACUGCCACUACUACUACUACUGUUACUGCUCCUUCUAAUCAAUGUUUUCAUAAGAAACAAUGCUGCCCUGCUGGAAGCUCUGAGACAGAUGGGAGAUCCUAACCUGCUCUGUCCCCCUGUUCCUCCAGGCCAGCAGGGGGCACUUGCUCUAAAUGGCACCCAGCUUUAUUGUCCAAAGGGACUACUCUAAAACCCAUCACAGGAUGCACUUUAAGUGAAAACUGGGUGACUGUUUCAUGAUUAAAUUUAUGCAACUCGCCACUGAAUAACCUUCCGUUCCCUUGUCCGUUUACCUGUUCUAGUUCUAGAUUUGCUCUUCUGUGGUGGUGUGAACAUAGUCAAAACAGUUAGCCAUAAGCUUAAAUGCAAUAGAAUAGGAUUUUGUCUUUUCCCAGUGUUUCUUAUUUUUUCCCUUUCUGAAUUUGAAAAGUAAUUCAAAAUGAUCAGAAAACACAGUGCCUUGGUUGAGUAGACUUCAAACAUGAGGUGGUUCAGUCCAGCCACAUGGCCAGCAAAUUCUGAGAACUCACAUUGUGAAUCAUUGCCAAUAGAUUAGCAAUGCUAAUGGCAUUUUUCACACUCAGAGGUAAGAGUUAGAGGCUAACCAAGCAUGUCCCCACAACACUAAGCAACACAUUGUUGCGCUUAUUUUAUUUUAUUUUAUUUUUGUAAGAAUGUUUUCCUGCACUUGGUCAUGGUCAGUUUGUCAACUAUUUAGCAUUAGGCUGAUUUGAAGCAGGUCACUACACUUGAACAAUGUUCAUAUCUCUGAAUUGGUACUGACCAAAUUCUACUUUAUUAGACACGCCAGAUUCAGGGAAGUGCUUUUAUUGCCCCAUCUGUUGGUUAGAUUGUGUAAAGACGCAAUACAUAAAUUCAAUGGAUUCUCUCUUCGUGGUAGCAAGUGUGCUGCACGGUAUCUGUCCCAGACUAGUCACUCAUCACUAAGCGGUUGCUGGCCCUCACAGAAUACUCACUAAUCUUAGCAGAGCUAAAGAUUUAAUCCUUUUGCAUACUGAGACUUUUUGGUACUCAAAAGGAGUAUUUCUUUUAAUUAUAUCAGUAUAAUCUGUUUGAAGGUGACUGUUAAAAUCAGGAAACACGAUGGGAAAGCACCUUAACGUACAUCCAGCACUUGCACUUGUUGCCGUCCAGUGAGUGUGUGGUUGCGGUCG